UUAAAAACGCUUUGAAACUCGUAAACAGUUUGCAAUUUUUACAUUAGUUUCAUUGAUUGUUAUUUUGUAUAAAUAAAUUAAUAAAUAAGAAAAUUUAUUUAAAGGACAGUUACAAGGAAAAUAUUUUUUUGCUUAUCGUGCACGUCGAAUAUAGAUUGGGAAUUAUUUUCUGCAAAUAGUUAAAAAUCUGCCUCAAACAUAAUGUCGACUGUCCAAGCGGCCGAUGCAUUAAUUAAAUUGCAACAUGAACGAAUAACUAUUUUACGAGAUAUUUGUGGAGAGGUUGAGAAAGGUUUUGGAAUCGUUAAAUCAAGAUGGGAAGCUGGUUUAUCAAAAAAUGACAUUAACGUGCGAAUAGAACGAGUAAAAGCAAUUUGGGAUAAGUUUGAGGCUACAUAUGAAAAAUUAUGCGAAUCUGAUCUUGAUGAUCCUUUUGUUUCCAAACAUUUGGCGAAUCGUCCUUUACGCUCUCAUCAUGAUUUGUAUAUGAAAACACUUUCCUUGUUGAUCACACUUAAGGAUUCAUUCGAUAAUUAAAAUAAUCGGUGAUAAAGAAAUCAUUGGUGGAUAAAAUUUUUGCCAUCAAUUCGAUAAUUUCAUUAAAAAUGUUAGAGCAGAAAUUGCAUUUCAAUAUCCAUCGAGAUUUUAUUUUUCGUUAAAGACUAAAAAGUCGUCAUGUUUCUUUACGGUUGUAUAUCAUUUGAAAUAAUUUA